GGGACGAUGACGCGUGUAUUUUCAAUUUUCAUUUCAAUUCUUCUCGUCAUCUAUUCACAAGUAAACGUCAAAUAGCCAAUCUUCUCAGCUGAGCCAAAGGUGACUGACUGGUUGACGUUGGGGCUUGCGCUGUUGUUCUGUCUUAUUCAAUCAGAAAAUCAAAUUCCUAAUUGUAGUGAUAUUACCAUAAAACUAAUUCAAUCUGUAAACUAAAACAAUCUUUUAUAAUGAGUGAACUCAGUCAAGAAGAGAUACGAAGACGAAGAUUGGCGAGAUUGGCAGCUCUGGGAGGCACUGGUCCAUCCCCAGCACUCCCGAGUCCUCCUGUCACGCCAGGCGCCUCAGUGCCGCCCGACGUGUUGACUCCCGCACCUACGUCCUGCUUAUCGCCCGCGCCUCGCAGUUCUAAUGAAAGUUCAGAAACUGCAGACAAAGAGCAGACCUUCACAGAGAACAAUAGUGAUGUGUCAGAUCAGACAAAAAUUCCAGCAGAUGGCUUAAUCGUGACAGAGAAGCCGGAGAGUAAUCUAAUGGAUGAAAUGCCAGAUACCAAAAUGACAGAUUUGUCCCAAACAAGACAGUACAAUAGUUUUGAUUCAAUGGGCGAUGACACUCUGUUAAGCUGUGGUUCGGUGAGGGGUUUGCCACAGUCCACUGUAAGCAGUUCUGAGGGUGCCUCUAACAGGGAGGACAGUACAUCCCGGUCUAAUUCACCAGCUCAGUUUGCUGAACCACCUCCUGUCAGGCCGAGGACGAGCAAUGCUUCUCCUAGCUGUUCUCGGAGAUCUUUAUCCAUGGAGGUAGAUGAUGUAUCAGAGAGAAAUUCACAGUCUGAACAGCCUCAGGAAGCUAUGGAGGUUGAAGAAAAUGAUCCAACACAAUCGCCUGCACGAAAAAUUCAAAGGUCUCGCACAGUGAGUUGCACAGAACUUACAGAGGAGCAGCUUAGGAAUAUUGUCGCUAAAAUACUUCAAGUGUCGUGGUCAGAGGAAAACACAGGUGGAAUCUUCGUACCUUCAAUAGCACAGUCCCUGCUAGACAAUCCAAAACUCAGUUUAGAGGAACUAGCAUCAGAGGCACUAAUGGACAUCCUUUCCCAACUUCUGGACAAAGAAGAUCCUCUAAACCAAAAGCUAAUUGCAGUGUCAGAGACAACAAAAAGACUUAGCGAAGAUUGUGGGGACGACGCAUUGACGUCGGGACAUCUCUUGUCCGAAAGUGACCCAGAAAAAGCUGACUGUCCCGCCCCAUCUUUGCCUAUUCCAAAAUCCAUUCCUGGCCAGGCCCUGGCCGUUAGUUACCUGUUGAAAUUCUAUAACAACAUAAACCUGUACGAGAGGGAACAUCCAAAGAAAAGUUCGGAACCUCCCUUGAGUGACUUGCUUCAAAGUUUAAGGACCUUACUUGUGAAUAAUUUAGUGUUAGUGCUUAGAGGCAGGUUCGAAUUCCCCGCCUGUAGAAAGUCCCCGUUGUUGCCGUACAUGUUGAAUGGUAACACGCCGAUAGGUCUCAUCCCUGAAGUGCUCUUGGCUACAUACUUGGAUCAGGAAGCCUUCGAUGAAGUAUUCAUCCCACUUCUGAUGGGUAUACGCGAGGAGAUGCGACGUUGCGUCUCCCAAUUAGUGGGGCGAGGCCACGGGCCAGCGUUACGCGCGCUGCGGUCCCUGUGCGAGCUGCGAGCUGGGCCACGGCACUCUACGCGACCGAUCUGUGCCCUCAUAGCGAGGCUGCCGAGUCUGUGUCCGCCCACGCUCACCACUGCACAGGGCCGCGAGAUUGCCAGAGUCAGCUUCCUUGGACCCUUCUUUUCUAUUUCCCUAUUCGCUGAAGAGAAUCCUCGGUUCGCGGAGCGCAUGUUCGCGACUGGCACGGACCAGAGCCUCGUGUUCGCUCUGCAGAGGGAGGUGGAGGCGAGUCGGAGCACCCUCCACAACAUUUGCCACAACAUCCUGCUCUGCCCUGAAGCUAGGGAACCCUUCCUCAAUUACUUCGCGAACAUCUUGCAACGGAACGAGAGACGCGCGCAAUUGCAGAACGAUGAGAGAUCGCUUGCAGGUGAUGGGUUCAUGUUGAACGUAUGCUCGGUGCUGCAGCUGUUGUCUGUGCGUAUCAAGCUGGAGCGCGUGUACCCGCUCUACACGUUCCAGCCCGACACGUGGAUCGGCGUGCGCGACGAGACCAGGCUCUACUUCACCGCGCAGGAGGCGCAGGACUGGCUCGACGCGCUCAACAAUGACCCGGCGCACACGUGGCCCGAGGCGAAGUUCCAAACGGUGUGCUGGUUCCUCACACUACACAUGCACCACGUGGCGCUCAUCCCGGCGCUACACACGCACCAGCGACGCAUACGUGCAUUCCGCGACCUACAGAAGGUGAUCGAGGAGUUGAUGGCAUCUGAACCGCAAUGGCGGAACACUUAUUCUGGAAGUAGAAACAGAGAGCUGCUGCGGAGAUGGAGGAAACAGAUCAAACGGCUACACAGAUCUAAGCAGUGCGCCGAGGCGGCGCUGCUGGACCUGGAGCUGAUGAGACGCGGCGUGCAGUUCUACUCGUCUGUGUGCGCGAUGCUGGUGCGCCAGCUGGAGGCGGCGGCGGCGCCCGGCGCUUCGCCCUCCUCCACCGCGCACGCCUUCCGCGCCACGCCCGAGUGGUACGUCGAGGACAUCGCCGAGUUCAUGCUCUUCACUGUGCAAUACGUGCCACAUACUAUAGCAAACUACAUAGAAGACCCGAUCAUUACGUGGCUACUGAGCGCCAUAUGCAAUUCCCACCUCAUCAAGAACCCGUACCUCGUCGCCAAAAUCGUCGAAGUGUUGUUCGUCAUAAACCUGUCCCUGCCAAUGAAGAUUAAGAAUGUAUACGAAAAGUUCAUGGACCAUACAAUGUCACAGACAGUUUUGCCCAGCGCUUUGAUGAAGUUCUACACAGAUAUAGAGACGACCGGACAAAGCACAGAGUUCUAUGACAAGUUCACUAUACGCUUUCAUAUUAGCAUAAUACUUAAAGGGAUGUGGGAGAGACCGAUUCAUAAACAGGCAAUCGUAAAGGAAUCUCGGUCGGGUCGGCAGUUCGUUAAGUUCAUCAACAUGUUGAUGAAUGACACCACAUUCCUGCUCGACGAAUGUCUUACGUACCUGAAACGCAUCCACGAAGUGCAAGAGGCGGAAGCAAACGGUGCCGCCCCCAGUACUAGCGAGGCGCGUGUGCGAGCGCUCGCACAGGACGAGCGCCAGUGCCGCUCCUACCUCACCCUGGCGCGCGAGACCGUGGACAUGCUGGAGUACCUCACCGUGGAGAUUAAGGAGCCGUUCCUGCGGGCGGAGCUGGUCGACAGGCUCGCCUCCAUGCUCAACUUCAACCUGCAGCAGCUUUGCGGGCCCAAGUGCAAUAACCUGAAGGUGCGUCGUCCGGACAAGUACGGCUGGGAGCCGCGGCGGCUGCUCAGCCAGUUGGUUGACAUCUACCUGCAUCUCGACUGUCCGCAGUUCCACGCAGCGCUCGCGGCCGACGAGAGGUCAUUCCGCAAAGAAUUGUUUGAAGAGGCAGCGCUGCGACUCGCCAAGUCGUGUAUCAAAACGCCUUCCGAAAUAGAACGCUUCAAAACGCUCGCAGACAACGCGUAUCAGAUUGCUGUAUCAAACCAGCAGAAGAGUGACGAGUUUGCGGACGCUCCCGAAGAGUUCAGAGAUCCGCUUAUGGACACAUUAAUGACUGACCCAGUUUUGCUUCCGUCAGGAAAGGUAAUGGAUCGUUCAGUGAUCCUGCGACAUCUACUGAACAGCGCCACCGAUCCUUUCAACCGACAACCGCUUACGGAAGACCAGUUGCAUCCAGCAACGGAGCUAAAAGAAAGGAUACUACAGUGGCAACGUGAAAAGAAAACGUCCUAAACGUUUCCAACCAACCCCAAGUCUGAUGUAUAUAAUGUAUUACAUAUAUAAAGACUAAAUGCGGCAUAUUUCUUGCGACCAACGGACUAUUGUCCAUGAGAAUGAAAGAGAGAUUCCUGACGUUGAUUUUUCUAUUUAAUUUGUGUAUACUUUCGAGCCCUAAGAAUAUUUUUUUCUUCAAAUGUACAUACUAGUCACUGACAAUCGUUUGACAUUAAAAUAUUCCAUUGUGUGUUAAUUUAAUGCAAAUUAUAAUGUAUCAUGACACUUUUGAUACCGUUUGGACAGUUUAAACGUCAAAAAUUAACCUUCGAUGAAAUGAAGUUGUAAUUUGAAAUUGCUCAUUCCCAUAUAAUAUUUACCAUUUCCUAAAUACUUGAUUGAAAUUAUUAAAAAUGAGUUAUAUUUUUCACUUUCUUUUUUUAAUUUUUAUUUGAUUUAUAUUUGUAAAUGUAAAUUGGGCGAGAGUGUACAUAUAAUCGAAUUACUAGGCAUUGGAAGUAAAGAAUGUUGAUUGCAUAAUUAGAUCAUAUAAAAUGGAUUGAAGCAAUUAGCGCUAUAUAAGUUUUACUGUAGGUAUGAAAAUUGUAACUCUAAACAAAAUUUUGUUGUGUAAGUGAAAAAGAUCAGUUAAUGUGCAAGUGUCAAAAAGGAUGUUUGGAAAAAAAACACUGACAUCGUUCAUUGAAGAGAAACUGGUAUUACUUGGAAGUGCAUUAUGAAUAAUUGGUUUAUUACAUAUUUAUCAGCGAAAAACCAAGACCUUACAAAAAACCCUCCCCAUGUGUUACUCCUAAACUAGAACAUCCUUAGGUGAUGUUUAUAUACUGUGUAAAUGCAAAAUAAACACAUUUUACAAUCAAACAUUGUAUAAAAUAUAAGAAACCAAAAUACUAAUUAAUUAAUUAUUCAUUAACCGUUUCAUUCAUUCAUUCAAAAUUAUUGUUACUAGUAUAUAUAUUCGUAAAAAAUUGUAUUAAAAAGUUCAAGUUUCGUGUGUUAAUAUCAAAAACAUAUUGAUUGAGAACCUUGGUCAUGUAAUGAUCUAAGAACAGAUAUUAAAAAUUGGCUACUUGUUUAUUUCAUUUCUAUAGUAAAGUUUAUAUUAGUGUAUCUGUUAUAUACAGGGUGCUCGGGAGUAUUUCCCAUAACUUCAAGGGGUCGACAAGUCCACUUAUAGGAGCCAAACUGCAUAACUAAUAUUUUUUUAAUUAAAAAAAAAUCUUUUUAAGUUUUCAGGCAAAAUAGUUCCGACUAUCCAGGUAACACACGCCUUUAUCUAUCCUUGCAUUAUAAAAUACGUACGUUGAUUACGUCAUAAUUAUAAGGAUGCGUGUAAGAGACAAUUUAUGAUCAAAAGAAAUAUUUUUACUAAGAAAAUAUUCAUUUUAGAACACAUGUUCCUUGGACAUAUUUAAUUAAUUUUCCAUAAAGAAUUUAAUUUAAUUUCUUAAUUUUCUAGAGUUAUAAAAAAUACUCCCGAGCACCCUGUAUAUUUUUUGUUUGCCUCAAUAAAACAUGGUUUAAAAAGAAACCUAAAAAUAAUCAAUAGAAAAUCUUGAUGGGGUCAUUUUGCACGUGUCGUAUCAUAGAUGGCGUUUUUGAUGUAUCGUUUGACAGCUGCACUAUGAGCAACUGUACCAAUUUUUUUUUUCUUAAAUUUAUGUCUUAAUUUUCUUAGACAGGCAAUACUGAUUUUUAAUGAACUGAUCGCUAAUUUUAUUGGAUUUACCAUGUAAAAGUUAUGAAUAUUAGAAACAUAUCGAUUAACCAUUGUCACUGGUAUGACGGACUGUGCUCGAAUGUAUACAGGGCUGCCAACUAGGAGAAAAUGACAUAGAUACAACCGAACAUCCUCCUUUUUAGAAUUUGGUUGUAAAAAAAUGAGGACAAACGUUUGAUAAUGUCAAGGCAUUGAGACAACAAAUUUAUAAAUCAUUUUAUUGAGUUAAAAACUUUAGUUUUACAAACUUGUUACCAGUUUCAAUCAUUACUUUGAUUUUUAAAAACAAAUAGACCACCUAAUAAAUACUUUUUAAAAAGACUAAAUCUUUAGUUGGUCUUGGACAAUAAUAUUCAAAUUAUUGUCCUUUCUAAGAACACUUAAGAUUUGCGAUAGUCAAAAAGCUCUAAAUACAUUGUAGUAUGUAUUUGAGAGCCCAUUUGUGAUUUUGUUUUCUGUUCAAAGCAACUUUUUUAUUUAUUUUAGUAACUUCAAUUCUAUCAAUACCAACUUACAAGCUAUACUGGAGGUCUUGUGGUAUUUUUAUGGGGUUCCAAAUAUUAAUAGUUUAUGCCUUAAUGAUCCAUAUUUAAAUAAUCAGUUGUAUCUUUGUUUAGGUAACUUUAUUUAUCAUCGAUGAUAUUAAUAAUUAUUCAGAUAUGCUGUUGUGUGCGUUAAUUUAAUGUAAACUAUAUUUUACAAUAUCACUGCUUGCUGUUGUGUAAUGUAAAAUUGACACUGGCGAUAUGAUUUGGAUAUGAUCACCUAUUUGUCAAUUUAGAUCUAUCACUGAUAUCGUAUUGUAUGACGAUAUCGUAUUGUCAUGACGAUGUCGUAUUGUCAUGACGAUGUCGUAUUGUCAUGACGAUGUCGUAUUAUAAUGACGAUGUCGUAUUGUCAUGACGAUGUCGUAUUGUCAUAACGAUGUCGUAUUGUCAUGACGAUGUCGUAUUGUCAUGACGAUGUCUUAUUGUCAUGACGAUGUCGUAUUGUCAUGACUUUGUGAUAUGUCAGUGUAUAAGAACGCACCGAUUCGUACGAUUUACUAUGUCAUUGUACCAGGCCUAAAAUAUAUUACCAAUUACUCGCCAAAUCUAUUAAUAGUACACGGCCUUUCUUAGAAUAACGAUUUAUGAAGCGUUGUUACGUAUGCAUUUUAUUUGCCAGGCUAAAUUGAAUUUUAUGUUAUGGAAUUAAUGAUAUAAAAUGCCAUGAAUGUCAUUGCGCAGUGCGCAAGGGAUAGCAAUAAAGAUCGAUAAUUUUUUUUUUUAUCCUUUACAAAUUAGCACUUGAUUACAAUUUCAUCUGAUAGUAAGUGAUGUAGCAAUCUAAGAUGUAAGCGGGUUAACUUGUUAGGAGGAUGGAAAUCCACACUCCUUUCGGUUUCUACACGACAUCGUAAUCGCUAGGUACGUCUUUUGUCGGUAGGGUGGUAACCAGCCACGCCGAAACCUUCCACCAGCAAGACCUGGACCAAUUAAGAAACCUCAAUCGGAAUCGAACCCAGGACCUUCGUCUUGUAAAUCCACCGCGCAUACCACUGCGCCACAGAUGCCGUCAAAUAACAUAUUAUCAUUUUUCAUUAUCUAUGUUUAUCUCUGUCACACAUUCAUAAAUGUAUUGCUCUCUCGCUUGCACAGAAACGAUCAGCGACAUGUAUACAAGGAUUUUAUGGAAGUAUAUUAAAGACUUUAUUUUCAUGAAUAAUUAUAAAAUACGCGUAGAACGAAUAUAUAUUUUUUUGUAUUAGUUACUUGCACAUAGUGAUAUAAUUAAGUUUUUCGGUUCUCAUGUAAUUUGUUCCUUUAUAUUAGUAAUUGAUUAAAUAAUAUAAUUUCCAUAUGGAAAUCAUAGAAAAUUAUUAACUCGAUAAUAAUUAUAAUGCAUUUCUAUAAAAGAUAAUCUUAUUGUGUAAGUUAUAUUUAAUGUCUGUGUGCAUAUUUAAAAUUAAAUGUGUUUAAAUCAGUUAAACAAUCAAAUGGGAAUGCAGUGUAAACUCUAUAUCAAACUUACUGGAGUAAAACUUCUGUAUGUGUUACAAAAUGUGUAAUCGGCGAGGCGAACGUUGAGAGGGAGAGCUAAAUAACUUUUACUUCAGUAAGACACAAAUAUUACUAAAGCCUUUUCUAAAUUCUUAUGAGAAUACACCAAUUUCAUAGUUUAAUUAAAAUAUCUUCGCUCAACGUAAUCUUAAAUCUACGGGAUUAUGUGUUGAAAUUUAUACUACCCCAUUCUUUAUACUAUAAUUUUGUUUUUUUUAUAACAAAAGUAAAUAUGUAGAUGUAUGUUUACACUGUACCUCCAAAAUAAUACAAUAUCAGGCCAACAAUUAUUAUUUUUGAUAAAGUAGUAAUUUUCUCCUAUCACUGCCAAGGAAAUCAAUUUAGUGUGUAAAUCAGGCAUUCCUAAAUUACAUUACAUAUUAUAUACACCUUCAAAAUGAACUUGGUCUCAUUGUAUUAUAAUUUGUCUCAUAUUUAUGUAUUAUAAAAGAUUGUAUUAUAAUACGAAAAAAAAACUCUUUAUGUUGAUGUCAUUAAAAUAUAAUAAACAAUGAA